UCACAACGUGCAGCAGUUUUAAUACGAACUAGUCCAAAUGGUGAUGAGAACGUCAGGGUUUUGGUGUCCGUCUAUAUUCAGAAAAUAAUUAUAUUCAUAAUACCCAUACACUUUUCGUAAUAUUUAAAAUGGUUCAAAAAUCGCCAACUCUACUUAUUAUAACCGGAUUUUUGAUCUACUUUAUCUGCAUUAGCGAAGGAAACGUAGGUGAUGGUACUUUAGCGCCAACUUCAUCGGAUCUUCUUUAUAUAAAGGCUUUAGGACCGGCUGCGAUUUUGACCAAAAUGCCAAAUAUAACAAAUGAGUUUAGUUCCAGAAUAUUCAAUUCCAUUCGCGUAUUGCCGUCACUAAAAGAAAUGGCAGCUCGAUCGAUGAAACGAAGCCAAAACAACAUGACACGCGGUUAUUUUUCCGAGAUUUCCAAUCAAAGUCGAGUUCCGCGAAAAGCAUCGGCUGAUAUGCUCAGUCGCAACAUAUCCAUGAUUUUGGAAAACCUACUGAAGCGCUACGAACAAUCGCAGUUACCCACACAUGGACAAGGAGUUCCCACGGUGGUGCAAACCAAUAUUCUUAUCCGUAGCAUGGGUCCAGUUUCGGAACUGGACAUGGACUAUUCGAUGGAUUGCUAUUUCCGGCAGUAUUGGCGGGACAAACGGCUGAGCUUCAAGGGACCCAUCAAAAGUUUAUCCCUUAGCAUCAAAAUGCUGGACAAGAUUUGGAGGCCAGACACGUAUUUCUACAACGGCAAGCAUUCCCAAAUUCACAUGAUUACAGUACCCAACAAACUGCUUAGACUCGACCAAAACGGAGGGAUUCUCUACUCAAUGCGACUAACAAUUAAGGCCACGUGUCCCAUGGAACUGCAAAACUUUCCCAUGGACAGGCAAUCAUGCCCCCUUGUUAUAGGAAGCUGUAAGUUCACUGUUCUAUAUGUUUUUCAUAUACUAUAUGUAUCUUUAAACAUUUCAGAUGGUUAUAUCAACCAACAGCUAAUCUAUGAAUGGAAAAAUCAAGAUGAUGCCGUCUCUUUCGUUCCGGGGAUGACAUUAAAUCAAUUUGAUCUCAUUAGCAUGAUGCAUCGUAAUUUUACAACUGUGCGUCGCGAAGGUGACUUUUCGGUCUUACAUGUGGCAUUUAAUCUCAAGCGUCACACUGGAUAUUUUCUGAUUCAAGUGUAUGUGCCCUGUAUACUGAUCGUGGUUUUGUCAUGGGUCUCGUUUUGGAUACAUCGCGAGGCCACAAGUGACCGAGUCAGUCUGUGUGUAACCUCAGUGCUGACUCUAUCCACCAUUAGUUUGGACUCACGCACAGAUUUGCCAAAAGUCAAGUAUGCCACCGCCUUGGAUUGGUUUCUAUUGAUGAGCUUUCUAUAUUGCAUUGCCACACUACUGGAAUUCGCCGGCGUGCACUACUUUACGAAGCUCGGGAGCGGAGAGAGUCCUCAGCUGGAGGAUCAGUGGGAGGACAUCUGCAUAGCCAACUCUUUGUCGGAUCACGCGGCUGAUGCUGAUGGUGAUGGUGAUGCCGAUGCUGAUGCUGAUCCAUUUGCAGAUGAGGGCUCCAGUGAUGGCACUGAAAAUGAUGAAAACGAGGGCCCGGUUAGUGAAUCGAUUGACUCUAAAAACGGGGUAUGUGCUUGCAACAAACACGAUGCUCUUGAUCUGGAAUAUGAGGUUUCAUUGCAAAAUUCCUUGGCCGGACCUGGUUUUAUCAAGCGCAACGCUAUUUUCUGUCCAACAUAUAAUGAUCCGUCGUAUAUACUGCCUAACACCAUGGAGAGAACCACUCAAACGGAGCCUCCGGCCGUCUCGCGAUUGCAUCAGAUGUGGAUGUGCCUGAAGAGCGACAAUAGUUUCCGGAAACAAAGGGAACGUAACGCAGCGGCACAAAAAAGCGAACAAGGGGGCGCCAAUUGCUAUGUGAAUAGUGUAUCCCUAAUCGAUCGAGUGGCAAGAGUCGCCUUUCCCAUGUCCUUUGCAUUUCUGAACGUUUUGUACUGGUGGGCUUACGGGAUGUAUAAAAAAGAGUUCUCAUGGUCCAAUAUGAAGGCAUAGACAAGAUAAAUAAAUGUUAAAAUCAUAA